CGGAGGUAGCCAGAGGUGAAUGGACAUGGAGCGGCCGGCGGCCGGGGAGCUGCAGGGCACCGAGGCGCUGCGGCGCUUCCAGGGGCUGCUGCUCGACCGCCGCGGCCGGCUGCACGGCCAGCUGCUGCGCCUGCGCGAGGCGGCCCGGCGCCUCCAGCGCCUGCGCAGACGCUCCCAGGCGGCCCGCGUGGCCGGCAGCUCGCUGAGCGCCGCGGGCGCCGUCACCGCGCUGGUGGGGCUCUCGCUCAGCCCGGUCACCCUGGGGGCCUCGCUCCUGGCGUCGGCCGUGGGGCUGGGGGUGGCCACCGCCGGAGGGGCCGUCACCGUCACGUCCGACCUCUCCCUGAUCUUCUGCAACUCCCGGGAGGUGCGCCGGGUGCAGGAGAUCGCGGCCGCCUGCCAGGACCAGAUGCGCGAGCUGCUGAGCUGCCUCGAGUUCUUCUGCCGCUGGCAGGGCCGCGGGGACCGCCAGCUGCUGCAGAGCGGGAGGAACGCCUCCAUGGCCCUGUACAACUCCGUCUACUUCAUCGUCUUCUUCGGCUCCCGCGGCUUCCUCAUCCCCAGGCGGGCCGAGGGCGCCACCAAGGUUAGCCAGGCCGUGCUGAAGGCCAAGAUCCAGAAGCUGGCGGAGAGCCUGGAGUCCUGCACGGGGGCCCUGGACGAGCUCAGUGAGCAGCUGGAGUCCGCAGUCCGGCUCCGCACCAAGGCCAGACGUGGCCACGACCUCCAGGUCUCUGCGGACCAGCCCUCGGCGCUGUUUUUCAGAGCACAUCCUUUCUCCUAAGGGCUGAGGCCAGAAACCACCCCUGUGGGAUGCUCUGGCUUUGUAGCUCCCUCAGGAGACACCAAGCUGCGUUGGGAGCUGCGUGCAAAAGGAUGGGAAGAAACUGUGCUUGAGGUGAAGGGUCCUCGCAGCCCUUCUUUUCCCAUCACCGUGAACAUUCUGCUGAGGACUGUUGUAUGGCGUGGUCCUAGUGGAAUGUGUGACCUGAAAACUAUUUUUCCUUGAUCAGAACCGUCCAGUCUUCACAUUACUGGGCCACUCGGGUUUUAAGUUGUUGGGUGGGCCCUGCCCCCUGCCCUGGUGGUUUGAGCUGAGGCUGGAGAGGGUGCAGACACGGCCAUCCUUUGGGUCCUUUCUAAAGCUCUACUUGGCGUGGAGGUCCUCAGAAGGCCAUAGUGGGGAGACACAAGCUUUAAAGCCUCUCUUCCAGAGUUUCCGAGUACAAAGACCUCCAGAAUCCAGAGCAAAGUGACCCCCUCUGACCAGUGUUGGAGGCUUCAGGAUCCCAGAGAGGCCCCUCCCUCUGACAUGCCAUCCCCUCCCCUCCCCUCUCAGCUUAUCCACUCACGGGUCCAGCCUGGGGAUGGAGUGGACCUUCCUGGGUGGCUUCAUAUUCAGGCUCUGAGAGGGGAAACCAACCCAUCACUAAGUGCUGUCCCUGGCAGGAAGCGGCUGAGGCCAUGGAAGACGAAGUGACUUUCAGCUUCAUUUACUGACUUCCUCGAGUACAGAAGAGAGCAGUGGCUUUGAGUUAGAUAGUCCUGGGUUUAUUACGUACCCUGUCACGUCACUAC